AUGUAUAUUAUUCAUAAUGUAUAUUAUAUAUCUAUUAACCUCUUCGCUACUGUACAGGUUCGUCAUGGGAACAGUUCAGCCGCCGCUCAAAUUUUGGAUCCUGCUCGAGUUGAUGUAAAUGGUUGGGUUCCUCAGAUCUUCGUUAUGUUUGAAGGCUCAUUUGGUAUGCCCCCGGGAACUGUAGCUGUAGCGAUACCAAUUAUCAAAGAGAUGGACCCGCUCAUCGAGUAUUAUUGUGAAGGGCAGGUCGUUACGGUCGAUUGGAAAAUUGGUGCUAUGAUAUACAUGCAGGGAGAUUCUUCCUUGGCCUCAGAUGGAUGUGGAAAGACUGCCUUCAUAUUCUUUCUCUUUAAAAUGAAAUGA